AUGAGCUGUCUAAGUCAGACAGUUUGGUUGUGGCUGUCUCACCUGUCCGACUCUGAAAAAGUUAACGAGCAAAGCAGAGUUUCCCUUCAGUCAGGACAGUGGAAACCUGUCGAGAGACAAUCAUUUGGACUGUCUGCAACCCCUGAUGUGUGCGUGAAGGACAUACAUGACAUCCUGACAGAGAAAUGGACAGACAUCUCACUGACAGUUACUGAAGUUGACAUUUUAUUGUCACAACCAGAGCCCAAGACCAGAGCUGGAUUCUUAAAAUAUUCAUGUGAAGUCACACUGGAUCCAAACACAGCAAACACAUUGUUGUUAUUAUCUGAGGGGAACAGAAAAGCAACAUGCAUGAGUAAAGAACAGUCCUACUCUAGUCACACAGACAGAUUCACUUAUUGGUGUCAGGUCCUGAGUAGAGAGAGUCUGACUGGAUGUUGUUACUGGGAGGUGGAGUUGAGCGGGAAAGGAGUUUAUGUAGCAGUUGCAUACAAGAAUAUCAGCAGAGCAGGGAGCUCGAAAGAAUAUCAAUUUGGACAAAAUGACAAAUCUUGGGGGUUAUAUUGUGACAAUUAUGGUUAUAAGUUUUGGUUCAACAGAAAAUCAACUCCCGUCUCAGGUCCUCAGUCCUCCAGAGUCGGAGUGUACCUGGAUCACAGAGCAGCUAUUCUGUCCUUCUACAGCGUCUCUGAAACCAUGACUCUCCUCCACAGAGUCCAGACCACAUUCACUCAGCCUCUCUAUGCUGGACUUUGUUUUUAUGAUUUUGGACUUUGGUUUGUAGGUAUUGGAAACACAGCUGAGUUUUGCAAACUCAAAUAGACAGAAACCAUU